UAUCACGUGAUGCAUUGCAUCAUGCAAAAUGUCAGUUCUUCAACCAAUCAGGUUUGCUUUACAGACUUUUCUAGAUCAUUUUGGCUUAUCAACACACAACCAGUAGUGAAAGAAAUUGUUUUCAAGAAUCAAACAAAACAAAGACCUCGUAAACGUUCUUAAUUUAACUAAUUUUAAACAGUUAAUUAUAUUCAACAAUAACAAUCUAUUACAUCAACAAAUCAACUAAACCCUUUGCAACAAUAUUGGACAGUUUGUCAUCCAACUAAAGUCUUUCUGUGAUUAUUUUUGAUUGAUGCUUUUGAAUGAUUUUAAUGUUUUUACAAUGGAUCGUUCUUUGGUGACUGUUUCACCUGAUGUAUCCAAUGUCAACAAUAACAAUAACAAUAAUUUUGGUGGCAACGUUGGCUUGUUUUACAACCAGAACUACAAUGGACAUUAUUUAAACAAUAACAACUUGAAUAAUUGCAACAGCAAUGCCAAUGUAAAUAGUACAAACAACUGUUCAAUAGAAGAUGGCUUCACUUUUGACGACAAACUCAUUGAUUUUGAUCAAGAUUUGGAUACAUUAAGCUUAUCUUUAUGGCAAUCGGAAGGAUUCAAUGGUAUCGGUUGUGAAGAGCCUAUGAAGAUAGAGGACAUAUUUCAAUCAGAUAUUGCUGAUUUUACUGGUGGACCAACACUGGCUGAACUAAAUUUGGUUGAUGACAAACUUGACUCAACUGAUCUUGAUGAAUAUUUAGCUAAUCCACCUCCAACAACAACUUCUACCAGGGAUGAUGUUAACACCAUUGGUGUCGUUAAACCUGAACCAUCCCCAGACGACUCAAAGAAAACGAAUACUCUUGAGAGCUUAAAUGUGUUCAACAAUGUCAAUGUCCCUAGUAACGCAAUCCCUUUGUCAGCAGACGAAGUCGACCAACUAGUGAUGCUUCCUGCUCAACCCAACGUAGACCCUCAAAUCUAUGAUCCACCUUCCAACAAUAACACACCUCAACCCUCUCCACCUCCUCGUCACUUUUUGAGAGUUAAGAGAGUCCUUUCACCCAAAUCAACUGAAAAGCAAUCUUCAAAUCCAUUUACGACAUCUCAAGAUAUUAUACAACAAUUAGAGCAAGUUGAUAUCAAGCCAUUUAUCGAGGACAUUAAAAUGCCAACCGCAACUACUAGUAAGGACAUUUUUAUGGGCAACAAUCAAAAUAUGGCAAGCAUUUCGCCCUUUCCAGUUUUAGCUAUCAAGCAAGAGCCUGUCUCUCCUCAAAUGGACACAAGCAAUUUUGUUUUAAAGUAUGACAAUGAAAGGAUUGUCGAGAGUGAGGGAAAAUCUACAGAUAAUGAAUUUCGGAACAGUCAAACCGUUUAUCAACCUGGACCAAGUCCAGAAUAUUCAACAUCUCGACUGAGACGUCGAAAUAAUUCAAAUAGCACUGAAUGCAGCUUUUCUUCGCACGAUGAAGGUUUUGCAAGCCAACCAGAGGAUAAUUCAGACCAAGAAAAUGAGGAUUCUGAUGAUGAAUCUUUUUACAAGGAUUAUGAUCCAAAAGAUUUGAUUGGUGCCACAACUUCAGAAGACUGUGAAAACAGAUGGGCUUUAGACAUGGGCAGAUCUCGAAAAACUGGUCAGCAGAGGUACUUUUGGCAAUAUAAUGUUCAAUCAAAGGGGCCAAAAGGUACACGAAUAGUCUCACUUCAGGACAUCUGUAAUGAUCCUCAUGUUUUAAUGGAAGCCAAAGAUCCCGUUUUCUCACCUGAUUGCUCUAUGGAAGGUGUUAAACAUGCAGGGAAAGCUCGACGAGGUGACGGUAAUGAUUUAACACCAAACCCAAAGAAACUUUUAAUGAUUGGUUUGGAGUUAAAGAAGCUCAGCAAGAUAAUCAACGAAUUAACACCAGUUGCUCAGGUUCCUGUUAACGUAAGAAAUAAGUCACGUAAAGAAAAGAAUAAGUUAGCAUCGCGAGCCUGUCGAUUAAAGAAAAAAGCUCAGCAUGAAGCCAAUAAAAUCAAGUUAUAUGGACUUCAGCAAGAACAUAAGCGAAUGAUGAAUGCGCUAAAUGACAUUCAACAUUUAGCCAAUGUGGUACUUGAAAAGGGACGAUCAGUCCAUGACGGAAGAUUAACUGAUAUCUUCGAGGAUAUUGUAUCUGCUAAAGGCCCAAAGGUUAAAGUGGCUGGUAAUACGGCUGAUUUUGUAAACACAAUUCUUGACAAUGUUUCAGCUGGAAUUUCUGAUGGCGGAUUGGAUAAAAUUUAAAGUCAACUUGGCCUUGAGACGACACAACGUUUGGAUCUCGUAUGAAUUAAUUGUCACUUUAAAGUAGAAAAAUCAAAACAAGCAAAACUAAAAGCCAUCAUUUAAAACUAUUUAAUCCACAAUUCCUGAUGGCUAUAAAUGACCUUACCCCUAAUUAAUUUAAAUUGGUUCGUUAAACUUCUUUGUUAAUAUUUAUCUUAUUUUACAAAGCAACAAUCAUAUUUAAAGGAUCCAAAACCUUUAGGAUCAAUAUUACGUUAUCAAGGUGUUCAGUGAAAAAUCUAAUCCCACCCUUUUAAAUUACGAAUGCUGUAAUUGUAACGCACUGUGAUAUGAAUAUGUCGAAAAGUUUUUAAAAUGGAGACAACAAAGUCAAACUUAAAUUUAACGAGAAAAGAGUGAAUGAUUGACAUCAAAAUUGAUCAUUGAUUUGAUUAACUUUCCUCUUCUUUUCUCCUUGUUUAUUACAACUGAACAUUUCUUGUCAAAGACAAAAGCAUUUCAUCGAUCUUCCUCUUUUCCUCUUACCUCUUCUUUCUCAUCUCUUUUCCAUUUUUCCAUGUUAAUAUUAACCAUUUAAUAGAUGAUAUAUAUGCAUAUAUGUGUAUAUAUAUAUAUUUAAUUAACUAUUACCUGUAUAUUUAGAAUUGUAUCUUGAACAUCUAAAUUCCAUGUACAGUGUAUUUCCCCUCUUUUUUUCGUUAUCAUAUUUAUAUUUAUAUAUUAUAUCAAUAUUAUAUCUUUUAUGCUAUUAAGAGUUAAUCAACACAGGAUGAUAUAUAUUUGUAUGUUUUUCUUGGUGUUAAUUGCUAAAUUGUUAAAUCAUCUUUUUAUCAUUUUACCUCCCAUUGAUCUGAGUACAGUUCACAUCAAGAAACCGAAAGAUAUAACAAAAAUAUGUAUAAUUUUAUAAGAUUCUCAGAUUUUUGCUGACCUUCUAUGGAAUAACUUUUCACCUUUUCUCUUUUUGUCAAAUUAUUGUAAAUAUAUUGACAACUGUUUAA